UUCAGCCUCAGCUCUCGGGGCACGCCUGUAGUGGCCAGAUGUUAUCUUAUAAGCAGGAAAUAACAAACAGCCUUUCCCAUCGUGUAUCUGCUCCAGCAAACACUUUUUGGAGUCAGCACACCAAUAUCCACCAUAAGCAGCUAUCUCCACCCCACAUAUUGAGCUUCCCCAACCUGCCAUGCCCAAGUAGGGUCCAGCAGAGAUGUCUGGCUGCUCCUGAGGGACAGGCAGUCAGGAUGGCUCAGCAGGACCCACUCAUCUCCUUCCCUGACAAGAUAUCAGCCUCUUCCCAGCCCUUGCCCUGGAUUAAGUUCCCAGAAAGCAGGUGGCCAAGCUGUUCCUGGGCCCAGCCCUCCACCUGAUGUUGUUUUGCCAAGGUCAUUUCCCUAUGGCUUGCCAGGGUGAACCUUCUCCCUUCUGAUUGCCUGUUUACUCCUGCGCCUGGAGAUGAAGUUAUUUCUGGCUUUAUUUAUGCGGCAGCAACUGCUCAGCAAUGUGAACGGGGGCUGGCUUGCCUUGGGGGUCCUCUUUAGGGCCAUCAGUUUUAGCUCUCACCCCAACCUCACAAUAUCUGGGUGUCUUCUGCAUGACAGCCCCUGUGGCAGGGAGGGCAGGGGAGGAACGCCACUGCCUGUCUCACGUUUCUUCCCUGCAUGGGUCAAAACUGCUCAAAGGAGGGCAGGAGGGAGAGGAUUUUUGUGUUUGGGGAGGGAUACAGAAGGAUGGACAGUGUGGUCUGAGCAGCGGGGUCAGGAGAAAGGCAGUGAGGGGCUCAUGGGCUGCAGGCAUGCAGCCCCUGGUCUGGAGGGACAGGUGGUUUGUCCUCACCCGAGUGGGACAGAACAGGCUGAAAGCUAUGGCCCUCACCAUCAGACAUCUCCCACCCUCUCGGAGGCAGAGUCCCACUCCCGCCUCCCUGCUCCCUUCCUCCAGGCACGCACGGCAUCCAAAAUAGCCGGAGCCCUGUGCGUCCCUGGCGCCCGGCUCAAAAUAUCUCAAGUGGGCUGGCGGCAGGCGCCGAGAGCUGCGGAAGCACUGGACACUGAGGCUCUCGGCUGAGGCGGCCCUCGCCAUGUCCUCCCUGGGCUCCAGGAGGGAGCCACGCAUACCAAACCCCCCGGGAGCAGGGAGGUGAGGGCAUCCGGGAGCACCACGCUGGCUCUGGGCACGGCAGCAUCGGUGCCACUCCACCCUUGGUGAGAGGCUCCACUUCACCAGGCACCAGCACCCCCACCACCAGCACCGCCCCAGGAGCAGGGCUGCCGAUGGCCAGGGAGGCUCUCACCCCGUGGCCUGGCAAUGGCAGUGGGUCCCUGUGCCCCGUGGACGCUGCCUUCGCCCAGCGCUUCUUGCCCGCUGUCUACCUGGUGGUGAUCCCGCUGGGGCUGGUGGGGAAUGGGCUGGGCCUGUGGCACCUCUGCAGCGGUCCCCGACGGGGCGUCCGCCAUCCGCUGGGGUUGCUGGUGGGCAACCUGGGGCUGGCCGACCUGCUGUACGUCAGCACACUGCCCUUCCUCGUCAGCUACUACCUGCGGGGCAGAGCCUGGCUCUUCGGGCAGGGCUGGUGUCGGGUCACCCGUGGGCUCUUCCACCUCAACCUCUACGCCAGCAUCGGCUUCCUCACCUGCAUCAGCGUGCACCGCUACCUGGGCAUCGUGCACCCGCUGAAGGCACGGGGCAGGUGGCAGGGAGCAACCUCUUCAGCGUGGCUCAGCGCGAUGGUCUGGGGGUGGGUCAUCAUGCAGGUAGCUCCUGAUUUCGCCUUCAGCAAGAUGGAUGACACAGGGACACAAUGCCAUGACACGACAGGGCAUGAGAACCUGGGUGUUUACUUGCCAUACACCGUGGCCAUCACCGUGACUGGGUUCAUCAUCCCAUUCCUCAUCAUCAUUGGAUGCUACUGCCAUGUGGUGGUGGUGCUCUGCAGGAACGACACCAUGGACCUCAGCCUCAGGAGAAGAAGCAUCAGACUGGUGAUUCUCGUGAUGGUUCUCUUCUCCAUCUGCUUCCUCCCCUACCACAUCUUCAGAAACCUCAACUUGUUGUCUCGAGGCUGGCAGCUGCAAGGGUCCUGCACACAGGCUUUAAAGAACAUCUACAUUUCCUACCAGGUGACCCGGGGCCUGGCCAGCUUCAACAGCGCCCUCAACCCCCUGCUCUACGUGAUGACCAGCGAAGACUGCAUGUCACGUAUGAGAACCAUCCGCCAAAGUGCCAGCCAGUCCCUGGGGUCCACCUUCAGGAGGAACAACUCCUGCCAGGCAGAUGAGAAGAAGGUGAACAUCAUUCUUUGUGAGGAGGAGGCUUCUGAUGAGCUCUGAGGUACCCAACACCUCCUCCAAAGGAUGCACCACUUCAGUCUGUGCUUGACCUCUUCUUGGGAGCAGCCCCCUACCUUGAUGCCUGUUUUGCAGAGAUGGUGACUGCAGCAUCACUGGCUCCAGUCUCACACAAUGGACAAACAGGACUGAUAGCAUCAGAGAGCAGACUGGGGACAGG